AUGGGGUUCCCCAUCCGCCAUAUGAUGAAGGCAAUACUUGCUUCUGCCAUUGCUCUUAACGUAUCAGCUUUCCCAGGCGCUAGCAGUUAUGCGACACAAUCCUUGAAUUCAACCCUUGAAUUCAGGUUGACGAUCGCGAAUGGCCUGUUAGAGUCACCCACAGACGGGCGGGUGGUGCUGGUGUUUGCACCUAAUGAAAUCGAUCCGCUCAACGAUACCAAUGUUCGAACAUCGCCUAAUAAGAUAUACAGAAAGAAUGUCUAUGAGGUCGACUCGAGGAUCACGAUCACAUUUUCUGGAGGGAGCAAUUCCAGCACAUCGACCAGGGUAUACGGGUGGCCUAACAUCAGCAUGAUGGACAUCGCCGCAGGAACAUAUCAGGUCCAAGCGUUUUUGAUAGAGUGUGAAACUGUCACUCGUACCGGUAGCGAUGGCGCCAAAGUCAGCGUUAACUUCCCGUGCGGAGAUGGAGCACCAAACAUCAAUUCAUUCGGCAGUCUGACGACCCCAUCGACCAAGAUCCACGUCUCUGGGAACCGACAGACGAUUGAUUUUGUCUUCAACAAUGUCAUGCAGGUCACACCAUUCACAGGCAAUGAGAUUGGAGGGUGCUACCAGGGAAACUACCCAGAUAAUAGCAACAUGAGAUAUAUCAAGAUUCGCAGUCAGAAAUUGAGCGCAUUCUGGGGUUGCGACAUGUACCGAUAUGGAAGGAAUGCAACCUUCACGACCGCUUGGGAUCAAGGCAUCUACACCCUCACUGGUACUAACAAGACACGUCCAGCACCCAAGAUGAUUUUGGUAACAUUCCGGCACGAAGCGCCCUUCUACGACGAUUCCUACGCUGUCAACACUGUCAAUCUUGGCCCUCAUGGGGAUGCUAUCAACGAUGAGCUCAUACCUCACAUCGACGCAUCAUUCAACACGAUCCAGGCACCUUACGCACGCAUUCAAGAAGGCGGCUCGACCGGAGGUUGGGCAUCGAUUGCCAAUGUUGUAUAUAGACCGGAUUUAUUCGGCGCGUGCUUCUCGUCCUACCCCGACUCUCUUGAUUUCCACAAACACCAGAAUAUAGAGCUUUAUACUUCAUCUAGUGCCUACUAUCAUACUCGCCACUGUCGCGAACGAGAAUCACUGGGAACUUGCUUUGGUACUGCAUCCCGCUCUUCAAACCAAUGGGACGUAUGGAAUGCUGUUACCGGUGUGCAAGGUUAUAACAACUAUCCGCUGGAGCCCUGGGAUAAGUUCACAGGAGAGAUUUAUCCCGAAACCGUCGAAUUCUGGAAACUGUACGUUAUGAGUGACUAUAUUGUCAGUAACUUCAACAUUACGCGCAACCUUGGCAAGAAUCUCGCUGGACGUCUCCUUGUUUACGUCGGUACCUGGGAUGCCUACUUUCUGAACGAGGGCGUUCAGGAAUUCCAAAAGACCAGGAUGAGCCAACAUCACCAUCUUACCCGAGAAGCCACAUGGAGGAAACUCACUACGAUUUUGAAUAGCUGGAUCCAAGACCACGGGUCGAAUGGCACAUCGCCUCUACCAAGCGAGGUGACCGCCCCAAGCACGCGUGAUAACCUGUGGGAAGAAGUCAUCAAACGUAGUGGCUGCAGUGCUGCGGUAUCCCGCCAAGCACCUCCUUCCAUCAGCCUUGGCAGUGUCAAGGAUGGAGCGCAAGUGACGGCUAGUGUUGGCCCCUGGGAUCCCGGAGUGAUAUUGAAGGCCCAAUAG